AGAUUAUUCCAAGAGUUUAAGCUCGAAAGCACAAGGUCGAGACGUUGCACUUCUUCUCUUCACUGCAACGUGUUCUUGACAUUUUAAUUGAAUGCAAAAUAUGUUCGUUGUAUCUAAGGUCAACUUCCUCCGACACGGAUAAACGUAUUACGAACGCGAUCUAGCUGUUACUGCCACUGACUUCGAACUAUAUUAUCGGUUGCUGCUCCUUUUUGUCACUCUAGGUCAAAGCCAUUGCAAUUAUAAUAUCGUUGCUCCAUUGAUACAUUCUUUGGAAAUGCACUAUAUUAUAUCCAAUUGUUUCGAUUAAAAUAUAAUAUAAAAUAAACUAGAAGCUAAUAACGAACUUUCUGUCUACUUCAUGCUACAUACAGGAUUUAAUGAAAACAAGAAGAAAAGAACAAAAUUAUCGACUUCACAGCUAAACUUUUUGUUCUUUCGCUUGGACGUUGUUCAAGGGAUCAUGGUAGUCCCAAGACAGUUAUAAAACUGUUCCUAGACAACUAUUUUAUUACUACGAUCACAGACGAGCAAAAAAUCUGCGCGACUCGUGAACAUCUGCCAAAAAUCAAGGUCUUCGAUCGAUUUGCAAAAAUGAUCUGUGUAGAUUCAGAUUCGUCGAGAAAAAUAGUGCAAUAGUACAAAUCGAGUAGUUGCGAUCGAACUUGAUGAAAAAUAUGUUAAUGUAACACAAGGUCACAGUAAUUUUUAACAAAUGAUUCGGUGCCACGCUUCAGGUUCGUCUGUUCGACUCGACUCGACUCGAUUUUACGACUCUGCGACUUUAUUCGCUUGAUCUAUCACUUGAUUCUAUUCUGACUGAUAUACCGGCACAAUGGUUGAGCGUUUAAACUCUCUGGUCAUAAGUUAACCGGCUUUUACCGAUUCGCCACUCGUUACGUUUUUCUUUUUCCUUCGAGCUUCCUUUUGUCGUCAACUCAACGGUUCGACAACGAUUUUCGUCGUCGACGUGUCGUUAUCCGAACUGACAGAUGCACGCACACGCUCUACAUCUGGCUAACUACUUCUCGAUAAUAUAAUCUAUUCGAUAUCAAUCAAUUAUUCAAUUUUUCGAAAUGCUUCGUACUACGUAUUUAUAAAAGGCUUCUACAAUUGCUCGAAUAUAUUCGUCAACUACCGUAUGUCAGUCGCGUGCGAUUCAAGAGUCAAACCGUCGACCACGUCGCAAAAUUUCUCCUACGAACGGUACAAUUAAAAAGAAAUCGCCAUCCGCCAACGUCAUCGUCACUUGCAGACUUCUAGGGCCAUCGAUGGGCCACGUGCUCCUCGACGUGAUUCGUUGAAGCACGAUUAGCGAUUUCGCGAAGAGAACACCAACGGUCCUGCCGAAUAGGCCCAGGGCCACACCGACACGUCGCUCAUGGCCGAUUAUCGGGGGUGACUGGCGUCGUAAAUAAGCGCGAGCCGUGACGAGCCAAUUAGCCAGGAAGCCGUUUCGCUGGCGCGUCUGCCGGUGUUCUGGGACUGACUUCUCCCCUGGGAGAAGCACGGCGACGGGACCGGGUGGCACAGCCUCGAUUAUCUCGGCCCGUGUGGCGACAAGCCACACCACGAGCACCGCGUCUUCUCUCGGAAUCGAGAUCGGCUUGCUGUCGCAGUCUCCACGCGUUCUACGGCCGCGAAGCGUUCGAAAGGAAAGUUUCGAGACUUAGUUUCGUUCAUUGAGGAUGACAGUGGUUUAACGCUUGCAAGAUUCCGAGGGAUAUUUAGAAGCUUCGAAAGAAGGGUUUCGAAGGACGAUCGAAAACGUGCGCCGAUUUGUUGGUGGCGCGCGGUUUCGGCAACUUCGUAACAGUGGCAAUCGGAAGUGAUAAUGCGCAUAGGAAAUCAAGACAGUGAUUAAUAGUGAACUAAUUACAUAUGAAACGCAAAUAAAGAAGACAAACAGAGAAGAAUAAAACGUCACGGACUGCGUAGUUUUAUGAGACAUUGGUUUUGAUUAGACAGAGCUUCGACUAGCCGACAAGAUGAUAGAAGAGGCUGCGAUGUUCGACAUGACGGACGAGUUGUUGUUCUCCGCGUUGGGCCUGACCAUGGACACAGGUGUCGAGAAGCAACUGUUCUCCACGAAUUCCACGAGUUUCGCAUGCGACUACGAGGCAUCCUCUUGCAGAACGACGCCACGCAGCGAUGACUCGGAGACUGUCGAUCAAUCGAAUAAUAUAGGAAACACGAUCGAGUGUUACACGGAUCUGACUUGUCCGGCGAAGACAUCUUGGAACGAAUGGUCUGAUAACAAUUCAACGCCACUGUCAGGCACAGGAUGUCUAAGCGAACUAAGCGAACUGAGCGAGUUAGACUCGGAGUUAGAAUGGUGUUUAGACAGAAGCUGGAACUCGGGUCUUCCGGACAGGACACCGUUGUGCACACCAGGAUGCGAGGGUUUUCUACACCUUCCUCUGCCCAAUCCACAGCAAACGUUCCAGCGAGAAGAACCAUUAUGGGUGCUUGGGAUCGAUUUGAGAGCCCUCGAUGAUACCUUGGAAACCAGCGGUAUAGAUUAUAACAAUAAUCAAGUAGAAGAAAAUAUUUCAUCAGCAGCUGCCGCGGCACUAGCAACCCACGACUACACUAAUCGCAGUUUAGCGAACGCGGCUGAGGAUCGAUGCUUUCCUUGCACUUAUCAAGGAUGCGUCAAGGUCUAUGCAAAGGCGUCCCACUUGAAAGCUCACCUACGUCGGCACACAGGUGAGAAACCAUUUGCCUGCACGUGGUCCGGUUGCGGGUGGCGUUUCAGCCGAUCCGAUGAACUAGCCAGGCAUAGACGAUCGCACUCAGGCGUAAAGCCUUAUCCAUGCGAAAUGUGCUCAAAGAGGUUCGCGCGCAGCGACCACUUGGCCAAACAUCGCAAAGUGCACAGAAAGAACGCUUUUCCAUUGUUUCACGGGGGAAGAGGGCUACGCGGAGAAAAGAUGAAUUCCAUUCUACCAGCGGAGAUUUAGUCAAUUUAUCUUAUAUAAUAUAACUGACGAUGAUGGUAUUGAGCGCUGGAGGAAUUUUCUUUCGGAUUUCUCGAAUUUGCAGCUUCGUUGCUUCCUUGCGAUGAUAUUUAAUCGGGAAAUCGGGAAGAAAGUGUUUAGUUCUCGAUGCGUGAAGAUCGUGGAAGACGAUUUCCAUGUUGAAGUUUUAGCGAGAAAAUAUAAUUCAAACUGAAUUAAGUGACAAAAUUUAUAAUUCGACAAUAAAUUGUUGAAAAUACGAUAAA